AUGAAGUCCUCCGAUAUCGAUCAGGAUUUAUUUACAGACAGUUACUGCAAGGUGUGCAGUGCACAACUGAUAUCCGAAUCUCAACGCGUGGCCCAUUACGAGAGUCGAAAACAUGCAAGCAAAGUCCGGCUGUAUUACAUGCUCCACCCCAGGGACGGUGGGUGUCCUGCCAAGAGGCUCCGGUCAGAAAAUGGAAAUGAUGCUGAUAUGGUCGAUAAGAACAAGUGCUGCACACUCUGUAACAUGUCUUUUACCUCAGCGGUGGUGGCUGACUCACAUUAUCAAGGCAAAAUCCAUGCCAAAAGGUUAAAACUGUUGCUAGGAGAGAAAACUCCACUGAAGGCCACAGCAACCCCCCUGAGCUCACUUAAGCCUCCAAGGGUGGACACUGCUCCGGUGGUCGCAUCUCCCUAUCAAAGAAGAGAUUCAGACAGAUAUUGUGGGCUCUGUGCAGCCUGGUUUAAUAACCCUCUGAUGGCCCAGCAACAUUAUGAUGGCAAGAAACACAAAAAGAAUGCGGCAAGAGUUGCUUUAUUAGAACAACUUGGGACAACUCUGGAUAUGGGGGAACUAAGAGGUCUGAGGCGCACUUACAGGUGUACCAUCUGCAGUGUCUCUCUAAACUCAAUAGAACAGUAUCAUGCCCACCUGAAAGGAUCUAAACAUCAAACCAAGUAG